UUAAAUCGGAUAUACAAAUAGUUGUUCUUGAAGUUCCUGCUUUUAAUUAUAUAUCCCGUUAUAUUCAUAAUACCUACUUAGUCCAAAACGCUUAAAGUGCACUUAUUGUAUCAUGCAAGCUCUCAACAAUUGGGGAUUUUGUGACUUGUCAAUAAACAAAAAUUACGAUUUUAAAGAUUUCAAUCAAAUUUUAAAGUUAGGAUUUCAUACUAUAGCAAUAAACACUCAUGUAGAAGAAGUGUGUGAAAAUGAACCUAAAAAGAAGAAAAAAAAGGGUGAUCCAAAAGAGAAAAAAGAUUAUAUACCAAGUGCACCUACAUUGCCUGAUGUGGGAAUUAAAAGUCAGUUGAAUAUUCUAAGCAGGGUCACCAUUGAGUUUUCAGAUUCCAGUAUUACGCAUAAACUUAAUCAAUCUGAGAAUUUAAAAAAUUAUGACAUAAUAGCUGUACUUCCUAAAACAUUGCAGGCAUUUCAGUAUGCCUGUAGUACAUUGGAUGUAGAUAUAGUAACAUUCGAACCAGAAACUAGAAUGCCAUAUAGAAUUAGUCGCAAAUUGUACAGGCAGGCUGUGGAAAGAGGGAUCUUCUUUGAAUUGAUGUAUUCACCAGCUAUAAAGGACUCAACAUGCAGGAGAAACAUAAUAAGCAAUGCACACAAUUACCAUGCCAUUGGAAAGUCUAAGAAUAUAAUAAUUACAAGCGGAUCAGAAAGCAGUAUGUAUGUCAGAGGAGUACAUGAUGUAGUCAACCUGGGUUUCAUUUUUGGUCUCAAUAGCCAAGAGAGUAUUGAGGUUUUAAAAAACAAUAGUCGUAAACUAAUACUUAAAGCAAAGGGACGAAAAUGUGGCAAACAUUAUAUGGAAAUUAUACCAGAAGAUAAAAAUGUUGAUAAUAAAUCAUAUUAUGGAAAAAACAGUCCUGGAAUCCACAGUAAUAACUAG